CCGGCGGCGCGGGGCGGAGCCUCGGGGACCAGGGCAGCCCGCGCACUGUGCAGUAGCUGCCGCCGCCGCCGCCCGCGCCUCCAAGGUCUCGCCGCUUCCUGAGCAGAGACCCGGGCUCGGCCGCCAUGUCCUCCACGGACGAGGUUGACGGACUGGGCGUGGCUCGGCCGCACUAUGGCUCUGUCCUGGAUAAUGAGAGACUUACUGCAGAGGAGAUGGAUGAGAGGAGACGUCAGAAUGUGGCCUACGAAUACCUUUGUCAUUUGGAAGAAGCAAAGAGGUGGAUGGAAGCAUGCCUUGGGGAAGAUCUGCCUCCCACCACGGAACUGGAAGAGGGGCUUAGGAAUGGGGUCUACCUCGCCAAACUGGGAAACUUCUUCUCCCCUAAAGUGGUGUCCCUGAAGAAGAUCUAUGACCGAGAGCAGACCAGAUACAAGGCAACUGGCCUUCACUUCAGACAUACUGAUAACGUGAUUCAGUGGUUGAAUGCCAUGGGCGAGAUUGGAUUGCCUAAGAUUUUUUAUCCAGAAACUACAGACAUCUAUGAUCGAAAGAACAUGCCCAGAUGUAUCUACUGUAUUCAUGCACUGAGUUUGUACCUGUUCAAACUAGGCCUGGCUCCUCAGAUUCAAGAUCUGUACGGAAAGGUUGACUUCACAGAAGAAGAAAUCAACAACAUGAAGAUUGAACUGGAGAAGUAUGGGAUUCAGAUGCCUGCCUUUAGCAAGAUUGGGGGUAUUCUGGCUAAUGAGCUGUCAGUGGAUGAAGCUGCAUUACAUGCGGCUGUUAUUGCCAUUAAUGAAGCUAUUGACCACAGAAUUCCAGCUGACACCUUCACAGCUUUGAAAAAUCCCAAUGCCAUGCUUGUGAAUCUUGAAGAAUGCUUGGCCUCUACCUACCAGGACAUACUUUACCAGGCCAAACAGGACAAAAUGGCAAAUGCUAAAAACAGGACAGAAAGCUCUGAGAGAGAAAGGGACGUUUAUGAGGAACUGCUCACUCAAGCUGAAAUUCAAGGCAACAUAAAUAAGGUCAACUUGCUUGCUGCAUUAACAAAUAUAGACCUGGCUUUGGAGCAGGGAUCUGCACCAGCCUUGUUCAAGAUCCUGCAGUCACCUGCACUGGGCCUGCGAGGGCUGCAGCAGCAGAACAGUGACUGGUACCUCAAGCAGCUCCUGAGUGACAGAGAGCAGAAGAGACAGGGUGGUCAGGCUGAGCUCCUGCAGAAGGAGGAGCUACAGUCUGGAGUGGAUGCCGCAAACACUGCCGCCCAGGAAUAUCAGAGAAGGUUGGCGGCAGUGGCAGCCAUCAAUGCCGCAAUCCAGAAGGGUGUGGCCGAGAAGACUGUCCUGGAACUGAUGAACCCUGAAGCCCAGCUGCCCCAGGUGUACCCAUUUGCCGCCAAUCUUUAUCAGAAGGAGCUGGCCACCCUGCAGCAACAGAGUCCCGAGCAUAGCCUCACCCACCCUGAGCUCUCUGUUGCGGUGGAGAUGCUGUCAUCGGUGGCCCUAAUCAACAGGGCACUAGAAUCUGGAGACAUGAACACAGUGUGGAAACAGCUGAGCAGUUCAGUGACAGGCCUUACAAACAUCGAAGAGGAGAACUGCCAGAGGUAUCUGGAUGAGCUGAUGAAGCUGAAAGCUCAGGCCCAUGCAGAGAACAAUGAAUUCAUUACGUGGAAUGACAUCCAGGCUUCUGUGGACCACGUGAACCGGGUGGUGCAGGAGGAGCACGAGAGGAUUUUAGCCAUUGGUUUGAUUAAUGAAGCCCUGGAUGAAGGUGAUGCCCAGAAGACCCUGCAGGCCUUGCAAAUUCCUGCAGCUAAACUCGAGGGGGUCCUCGCAGAAGUGGCCCAGCAUUAUCAGGACACACUGAUCAGAGCAAAGAGAGAGAAGGCCCAGGAAACCCAGGAUGAGUCAGCUGUGUUAUGGUUGGAUGAAAUUCAAGGUGGAAUCAGGCAGUCCAACAAAGACACCCAAGAGGCACAGAGGUUUGCCUUAGGAAUCUUUGCCAUCAAUGAAGCAGUGGAGAAAGGCGAUGUUGGCAAAACACUCAGCGCCCUUCGUUCCCCCGACGUCGGCUUGUAUGGCGUCAUCCCCGAAUGUGGUGAAACUUACCAGAGUGACCUUGCUGAAGCCAAGAAGAAAAAACUGGCAGCAGGAGAUAACAACAGCAAGUGGGUGAAGCACUGGGUGAAAGGCGGAUAUUAUUAUUACCACAAUCUGGAGACCCAGGAAGGAGGAUGGGACGAACCCUCAGACUUUGUGCAGAAUUCCAUGCAACUUUCUCGGGAGGAGAUCCAGAGUUCCAUCUCUGGGGUAACGGCUGCGUAUAACCGGGAACAACUUUGGCUGGCCAACGAAGGCUUGAUCACCAAGCUGCAGGCUUGCUGCCGGGGGUACUUAGUCCGGCAGGAGUUCCGAUCCAGGAUGAAUUUCCUGAAGAAACAGAUCCCGGCCAUCACCUGCAUUCAGUCUCAGUGGAGAGGAUACAAGCAGAAGAAGGCGUACCAAGACCGCUUGGCUUACCUGCGCUCCCACAAAGAUGAAGUUAUAAAGAUCCAGUCUCUGGCAAGGAUGCACCAAGCUAGAAAGCGCUAUAGAGAACGCCUGCAGUAUUUCCGAGAUCAUAUAAAUGACAUUAUCAAAAUCCAGGCUUUUAUCCGGGCAAACAAAGCUCGUGAUGACUACAAGACUCUCAUCAACGCUGAGGAUCCGCCUAUGAUUGUGGUCCGGAAAUUUGUCCACCUGCUUGACCAAAGUGACCAGGAUUUUCAGGAGGAGCUCGAUCUUAUGAAGAUGCGGGAAGAGGUUAUUACCCUUAUCCGUUCUAACCAGCAGCUGGAGAAUGACCUCAAUCUCAUGGAUAUCAAAAUCGGACUGCUGGUGAAAAAUAAAAUUACACUGCAGGAUGUGGUUUCCCACAGUAAAAAACUUACCAAAAAAAAUAAGGAACAGUUGUCUGAUAUGAUGAUGCUAAAUAAACAGAAGGGAGGUCUGAAGGCUUUGAGCAAGGAGAAGAGAGAGAAAUUGGAAGCGUAUCAACACUUAUUUUAUUUACUGCAGACCAACCCCACCUACCUGGCGAAGCUGAUCUUUCAGAUGCCCCAGAAUAAGUCCACCAAGUUCAUGGACUCUGUGAUCUUCACUCUCUACAACUAUGCCUCUAACCAGCGCGAGGAGUACCUGCUCCUGCGGCUCUUCAAGACAGCCCUGCAGGAGGAGAUCAAGUCGAAAGUAGAUCAGAUUCAAGAGAUUGUGACAGGAAAUCCAACAGUUAUUAAGAUGGUUGUGAGUUUCAACCGCGGCGCCCGGGGCCAGAACGCGCUCAGACAGAUCUUGGCUCCAGUGGUGAAGGAGAUCAUGGACGACAAGACCCUCAACAUCAAAACUGACCCCGUGGACAUUUACAAGUCCUGGGUUAACCAGAUGGAGUCCCAGACAGGAGAGGCGAGCAAACUGCCCUACGACGUGACCCCAGAGCAGGCCCUGUCUCACGAGGAAGUCAGGACUCGGCUAGACAAUUCCAUCCGGAACAUGCGGGCUGUGACUGACAAGUUCCUGGCAGCCAUCAUCAGCUCCGUGGACAAAAUCCCCUAUGGGAUGCGCUUCAUUGCCAAAGUGCUGAAGGACUCCUUACACGAGAAGUUCCCUGAUGCUGGUGAGGAUGAGCUGCUGAAGAUUAUUGGCAACUUACUUUACUACCGAUACAUGAAUCCAGCCAUUGUUGCUCCUGAUGCCUUUGACAUCAUUGACCUGUCGGCAGGAGGCCAGCUCACCACGGACCAACGCCGCAAUCUUGGGUCCAUUGCCAAGAUGCUCCAGCACGCCGCUUCCAAUAAGAUGUUCCUGGGAGAUAACGCUCACUUGAGCAUCAUUAAUGAAUACCUCUCCCAGUCCUACCAGAAAUUCAGACGGUUUUUCCAAACUGCUUGUGAUGUCCCAGAGCUUCAGGACAAAUUUAAUGUGGACGAGUACUCCGACUUAGUGACCCUCACCAAGCCAGUGAUCUACAUCUCCAUCGGUGAGAUCAUCAACACCCACACGCUCCUGUUAGACCACCAGGAUGCCAUUGCCCCGGAGCACAACGAUCCGAUCCACGAGCUGCUGGACGACCUCGGCGAGGUGCCCACCAUUGAGUCCCUGAUAGGAGAAGGUGCUGGCAAUUUAAAUGACCCAAAUAAGGAGGCACUGGCUAAGACGGAAGUGUCUCUCACACUGACCAAUAAGUUCGAUGUGCCUGGAGACGAGAAUGCAGAGAUGGAUGCUCGGACCAUCUUACUGAACACAAAACGCUUAAUUGUGGAUGUCAUCCGGUUCCAGCCGGGAGAGACCUUGACUGAAAUCCUAGAGACACCAGCCACCAGUGAACAGGAAGCAGAGCAUCAGAGGGCCAUGCAGAGACGCGCCAUCCGUGACGCCAAAACCCCGGACAAGAUGAAGAAGUCCAAAACCAUAAAGGAGGACAGCAACCUCAGUCUUCAAGAGAAGAAGGAGAAGAUCCAGUCAGGCUUGAAGAAGCUCACAGAGCUUGGCACCGUAGACCCAAAGAACAGAUACCAGGAACUGAUCAAUGACAUCGCCAGGGAUAUUCGGAAUCAGCGGAGAUACCGACAGAGGAGGAAGGCUGAGCUGGUGAAGCUGCAGCAGACGUACGCUGCCCUGAACUCCAAGGCCACCUUUUAUGGAGAGCAGGUGGACUACUAUAAAAGCUACAUUAAGACCUGCCUGGAUAACUUAGCCAGCAAGGGCAAGGUCUCCAAGAAGCCUAGGGAAAUGAAAGGGAAGAAAAGCAAAAAGAUCUCUCUAAAAUACACGGCAGCUAGACUACAUGAAAAAGGAGUUCUUUUGGAAAUUGAGGACCUGCAAGUGAAUCAGUUUAAAAAUGUCAUCUUUGAAAUCAGUCCAACAGAAGAAGUUGGAGACUUCGAAGUGAAGGCCAAGUUCAUGGGAGUUCAAAUGGAGACGUUUAUGUUACAUUAUCAGGACCUGCUGCAGCUACAGUAUGAAGGAGUUGCUGUCAUGAAAUUAUUUGACAGAGCUAAAGUCAACGUCAACCUCCUCAUCUUCCUUCUCAACAAGAAGUUCUAUGAGAAGUAACAGAGCAUUUGCUUCCAGCCCAGAAGGAUGGAGAAAGAAGUGCCCAGUGGCAGCCUUUCUGAAGGUCCUUCUUUACUUCUUGGAAACAAAGACCCAGCCCACACCAUUGCCGCAGUCUAAUAUCGCCCCCAGCUCCACAAGUUUAACUGCUCCCGCUCAACAGGGACAUUGGUUGUCCUUUCUUCAUAGUGAAAUUGUAUUUCAGGCCCAGUCUGACCCAUCUUGUUCCUUCAUUCUCUUCUAUUAGGGAAGAGUGGGAACUGUCCUAAAAUCUCUCAUGUUGUUACAGUCUUAGAGGUUGCAUUACUAUAUUGUAAGCUUUGGUGUUUGUUUCUAUUAGCAAUAGGGACAGUGGGAUUUGAAUACUUGCUGUUUAGAAGUGGAAGCCAUUAGCCCAAUAACGUGCAUACUUAGAAGACACACAGUUAAAAUGUUAGAUUAUCCAUAGUUAUUAGGUUGUCACUUAAAAGUGAAGUUCCUUUAUCUUACUGUUCCAUCAGUAAAAUUGAAGGAUAUGGGGAGGCUUUAGUUGUCUUCCAUUCUGUCUUCCUUUAUGGUGGGAGCUAAUAGAAGUCACUGUUCUGUGUUCAAAGGAAGCAUUUUCUAGAAAGAGAGGGAUAUUGUUUUUAAAUUUGACCAUUAAAUUUGGGCAAUUCUCAUCAGUGGAUGGGAGAGUCCCAUUGUUAAAAUUAAACUAUUUAGGUAAAUUCAGAAUGGUCUGAACACCUGCUUGUUUCUGUUGGUGCAAAAGAUUGACUAGUUUCAGGCAAACGAUCCACUCCAUCCCUGUGGCAAAGGAAUGGGUUAUCCCUAGCGUAGAAUGUAACUAUUUUCAAAGCUGUUUUAUGUCUUAAGAGUGCCUUAUGAAAGUGUAGAUUUAUUUCUUAAAGUGGGGGUGAUAGGAAUUUUUAAGAUUUAUAUAAUGCUUCAAAAGUCUUUAGAAUACUGUAAGAAAACGGUUUGGGUUUUUUUUUUUUUAAUUGGCUUAUCUGUAUAUCUGAACUCUUAAAACUUUCUUAUAGCUAAAACACUAGGGUUUAUCUGCAGGGUUGCAGAGAGAUUAUCCUGCCUUAAACAGACUGAAACAAAACCAGACAAAAGCAGCCAAGUGAUGUUACACGUGAUAUUAAAAUCUGCCCCCCCCCUUUUUUUUGUCUUUUCUCUUGCUGCCCACACUCUGCCUUUAUUUUAUGAACUCUGUUUUUUAAAUUCAGUCACAAACAAUUCAGUGCUAAACACUGAGCUCAUGGAGCUUUCAUUCUUAGAUUAAAAGUCAUGUACUUUUUUAAAACAGUCUUUUUAUCCAGGAAAAUAUAUUGAAAUCAUGCUACUGAGCCUCAUUUCCUCUGAUGUUUUGGUUCAGUCUUCUUUUAUCGUAAAACAUAAACUAACAGUUAAACAUUUACUGGUGUAUAUUUAAAGCCAAUAAACUGUCUUCAUUGAUAACAAAUCAUGUGACGUGUCCCAGUUACAGAUGUUAAGUGUUGGCAGUGUGUUUUUCAUGAUAGACUGUUUACUGAGUCAGUUUACUGAGUCAAGUCCGCAGGUGCAGAUUACGAGUCUACACACCCCAUACAGCCCACAGACAGGUGAAGAGGUGAGGUGUGGAGUGUCAUGGAAAGAGUCUCCACUACCUUGACCUCGUUUCUUGUGUUUUUUAGUAGAUAAUUUAGUAGCAAGACAAUUUUUUUAGUAGAUAUUUUCCUCAGAUUAAAAGAAGAUAAUCACUCUAAGUGGCAUUGCCUCAAAAACUGGGACCAACCAAACUGUCAACUGUUUUACCUUAAAAGAUGAUAUUCAACCCAAAUUCAUGUCGGGCCCCAAAGGCCACGUCGACGACAGACAGUGAGCGAAGUUCACAACUCUUUAAUGAAGCAUGAUGUGUCAGUGGCUGUAAGGAGCAUGGUUCCCUUGCCACAAAUGGCACAAACUACCCUCAAGAAUUUUGAUGGUAACUCUGCAUAAUUACGGUAUUCACAGCAUUGAGGAUGCCCAGACAAAGUCAAGUCAUGGCAUUAAAACCUGGUAGCUCUUUGUAAUUUUAAUUUAUUAGCCAUAGCAGUCUCUGUCUCAAUUCUCUCCUUCUUUGACCUUCUCUUCAACCAGCCAUCAUGACAUUUACCAUGAAUUUCCUCCUUCAAGAAUUUGGACUGCCCAUCAGAUCGUUGCCCCACACAAUCGCCUCUGUAUCUCUGUAUGAAAUAAAAGGUCAUUCGUUUGUUUUUGU